AAUACAGAUAUUGUGGUGCUCUUUCCAUUCAAAAUACCGAUACCUAUACCGCGACCAGUCUACAAUGUUAUACACGAUACGUUGAGCGUCUGUCGCAUAAUUGCUCCCAGGCGACAUGAGAAUUCGCAAAACAGAGGCUUCAGCAGAGCCUCAAAAUUCGUAUGGAUGAAUUUCUCAAUGAGUUUCUCGACAGCGCCAUUGAUUGCAGAUCUAUUUUUGCUAGCAAUCUCAGCCAUUGGACGACAGGAAGUCCACGAUGGUACGGUUGGAGCUGACAACAUCAGUCCUAUUGAUAUCAUGGUCUUCUUUUUGACUCUGGCUUACAUUGCCAUCUCCAUCGAUGCUUCUGGACUUAUCAGAUUCCUGGCAUUCAAGGUAUUACAGAAAGGAGGUAAAGUCGGCCACUUACUUUUCUUCUAUCUGUACACCUUCUUCUUCAGCCUAGGCACUUUUGUCGGAAACGAUCCUAUCAUCUUAUCUGGCACAGCUUUUCUGGCAUACAUGACAAGGGUCUCAAGCAACAUCGACCAUCCUAGAGCGUGGAUGUAUUCCCAGUUCGCAAUUGCAAAUAUCGCUUCGGCCAUCUUGGUCUCCUCGAAUCCGACAAAUUUGGUCCUUGCGGGAGCCUUCCAGAUCAAAUUCAUCGUUUACACAGCAAACAUGAUUGUUCCUGUCGUAGUCACCGCGAUAGUACUGUUUCCAUUCUUGCUAUACGUUGUGUUCGCCAGCCCACAGCUCAUUCCACUAUCAAUCGAGAUGGAGACAUUGUCUGAUGAAGCGAAGAACAAGAAGCCAGUCAACCCUAACAUCCCGCAAGCCAAGGGCAAGAAGGCUGGAGAAGACGAGGAGGAGUCGCUUGAAAAUAAGGAGCUUGCGCUUGCCGAAAUCAUGAAUCCCUUUCUUGAUAAGAAGGGUGCAGCCUUUGGAGCCAUUAUCAUGGCAGUCGCACUCAUCACACUUCUUGGUAUAAAUGCCGCUAGUUCGAUCAUCGGUGAACACCCUGUAUUCUGGAUUACGUUACCGGCUGCUUUUAUCAUGUUUUGCUGGGAUGUCGGAUUUGGGUGGACCCACCGGAAAGAGACUCGUGAAAUUGCGAAGAAACGACAAGCAGAGUUUAAGCAGGCGCAAGAUGACAGAGCCAGCAGUAUGGGACGGCCCAACGGGAUGUUUCAGACACCAGGCGCUUCGAGCUCAUUUGUACAUGUCGUCCCUCCUACGCCAGAGGUCGCGGGAUCGGAGAAAAGUAUUCGGUCUGUGAGGGAAAUGAGUCCAACCCUUGCAUCGACGACACUUUCUGCGGAGAAAAGUCUGGGUCAGAAUGGUUUGAGUCGCAAAACACAACAGUACCCGUCAACUCAGCUUUCUCUCACAUUGCCCGAGACGAACUACUCACACACGCAAAAGCUGGAUGAUGCCUUAGACAGGGCUGCUGACGAAGAGAGGAUGAGAUCUGCGGAGGAUGAUACUCACAGUCAGCCGACAACCCUGGUGUCUUUUGUCGCAUCCGAGUACAGAUACUUGCAGGAGACAUUCCCCACAGUGAUGGCAGUGAUCAGCCAUCUACCAUUCAAGCUUGUACCUUUUGCACUCUCGAUGUUUGUGCUUAUCCAAGGUCUCGUAACUAAAGGCUGGGUCCCGGUCUUUGCUUACGGCUGGGAUCACUGGGUCACAAAAACUGGCACAAUCGGCGCUAUAGGUGGCAUGGGUUUCCUCGGUGUCGUCCUUUGUAACUUUGCUGGAACAAACAUUGGCACGACCAUCCUCUUAUCGAGAGUCAUCCAAGCCUGGCAGCAGAUUCACAUCAAUAACGGCAUUCCAAUCACCGAUCGAACUUUCUGGGCGACCGUCUAUGCCAUGGCUUUGGGUGUCAACUAUGGAGCUUUUAGUACAGCGUUCAGUGCAUCGUUGGCUGGACUGCUGUGGCGAGAUAUCCUUGCCCGCAAGCACAUCCAUGUAAGGCGACUGGACUUUGCUCGUGAGAAUAUACCCAUCAUCGCAACGUCAAUGGCAGUCGGGUGCGCUGUACUGGUCGGCGAAGUGUACAUAAUGAGAGACAACUCGCCAUAUAAGAUGGGGUAAUGAUUUGUACACGAUGGAACCUCUCAUCUCUGGCGUUCUUGGACUGUUCAUAGGAAGCACAUACAUGCUCUGUUCCCGGCAGUAACU